AUGAUACCCAUCACCACCUUCCCCGCAUCAAAACUCACCGAGCACAUCAACACCGACGUGCGGACCGGGCGCCGCCGCAAGCAGCCAUUCGACCUCUCGAAGUGCGAGCUGCUCGAGAUGGUGCAGUGGGACUGCCGGGUCGAGGAUGAGAAAAACAAGUGCUGGCCCAUCGAGCGGCUAUUUCGGAGGUGCAAGAACCCAGCGACGGGAAAGAAUGUCAUGGUUGAGGUUACGGCGGUAGAGACGCCGCCGUGGAAAUCGCAGGUUGAUGCUGAGGUUGAUGCUGAGGCUGCUGCUGCUGGUGCCGCUGUUUGA